GCCGCCUAGUGAGAGACUCAGGAGCUCAAUCUCUUUUGCUUAAUGAAGAGAAGGUUACGGGGUGACUCAGUCACAGUCUCUAAGUACCUUCAUGGGGUGCUGGGGAGGGACUGCAGGGAGCCAGGGUCUUGCCCACCUCUGAUGCCUGCAGUCCUUUUGUGAUGUCAGGGCCUGCCUGGUCCUGGCCCUUUAUGAUGCGUCACUGGACCAAACAGCCUCUCAGGAGAGAUCCAGCCGCAGCAGCAGCAGGGAGUGUAGCAUCUCCAUCCCCAGUGCGCGUCCAGACCGUCCUUCCCAGCAUGUUUGACGCUGGAGUGGGGAUCCUGCAGAGCUGGUUCUGUGCCUGCUGGCACAGCUCCUGGGUGAUAUACACCUGCGUCCUUCUGGUCCUGUUCAUCUGGGUGGCCAUGGCGACGCAGCACAGCUUCUCCUGGAGAAGCAGGAUGGCUCUUCGGAGGAAGAGGACACACCGAAAGAAAAAGCAGAAACCGAAAGCUUUUGGGUGCUGUGAGGAAGAGCUGGAGGAGGCUGGUGCAUCCCUAGAGACAUGCUGCCCUGUGCACCCGAAGAAGCUCCGCUUGGCUCAGCGCCUCAGGCUGGUUGAGAGGAAUCUACAGUACGUGGCCAGACACCGGGAUGAAGUUCUGAUACCGCCGAGUGUGUCGACAUCUGCCACGAGCCAGUUCUCCUACUCCUCUAGGGAAUCCACCACCUCUCCCCUCUGGAGUCCCAGCUCCUUGUCCCUGAGAGAAGCCGCCAUGAUUCAAUCAGAGCCCCUCUGCCACACGGGGGAGAUCAUGCCUGCCCACAGGAUCAUGGCAUCUUCUGAUGCCAUUCUGGCCAGGCUUGUGCCCACGGUGGUGGUCAAGCUGCAGGAACACAUUGCUCAGAAAUGCUCAGAGAUCCAAAUGGAGGCAUUCCCAAAGAUGGCUGCACACGACCUGCAGCUGAAGCACCUGAUGGAAAUGUUGAGCAGCUCCCGCCCCUUGGCGGGCCAGGUCUCAGUCUGCCAGCAGUGCCAUAAGACAUAUCCAGGAAAGAUGAAGGGUAAGAAAACUCAGGAGGAGACAUCUGCUGAGCUGCAUGGUCUUCGAGACGACAUGGAUCCACAUGGGCUCGAUGGCACUGUGAAUUCGCAGCUCUUCAGGGAUCAGCUGCCAAUUAGUUUCUGCAAGAUGUGCAGCCCGCCUCAAGAGGAGAUUUGA